GUGAAGCGGCCGAGGCAGGGAGCUGUGUGGGGGGGCACCCAAAUCCUGAGCUCGGAGCCAUUUUCUGGCCAGGGCAUUCUCCUCUCUUCUCCUCUGCCCUUGGAGGAGACGUCGUCAGUGCCCCAUGGCUCUGGGAGGCAUGUUCAGGAAUGCGGCGGCCAUCUAUUUGCACCUGGUGGGGCCCUUCCGGGGAAAGAAGUCUGGAGCUUCGCUCGCCCGGUGUUUGCAUCAGACUCUCGUCAUGACCAAACAGCUGCAGGCUCGAAGGCUGAAUGGGAUCGACCACAACCCAUGGGUGGAGUUUGUCACACUGGCCAGUGAGGCUGAUGUCGUGAACUUGGGCCAAGGCUUCCCAGACUUCGCACCCCCAGACUUCGCCGUGGAAGCCUUUCAGCACGCCGUCAGUGGGGACUUCAUGCUCAACCAGUACACGAAGGCAUUUGGUUAUCCACCCCUGACGAAGAUCCUGGCCAGUUUCUUCGGGAAGUUGCUGGGACAGGACAUAGACCCGCUCAAGAACGUGCUGGUGACUGUGGGUGCCUAUGGAGCCCUGUUCACAGCCUUCCAGGCCCUGGUGGACGAAGGAGACGAGGUCAUCAUCAUCGAGCCCUUUUUUGACUGUUAUGAGCCCAUGACAUUGAUGGCAGGGGGUCGCCCUGUGUUUGUGUCCCUGAAGCUGAGCCCCAACCAGGAUGGGGAACUGGAUUCCAGCAGCAACUGGCAGCUGGACCCCACGGAGCUGGCCAGCAAGUUCACAUCUCGCACUAAAGCCCUUAUCCUCAACACACCCAACAACCCCCUGGGAAAGGUGUUCUCCAGGGCAGAACUGGAGCUGGUGGCCAGCCUGUGCCAGCAGCGUGGCGUGGUGUGUGUCGCCGACGAGGUCUACCAGUGGCUGGUCUAUGACGGGUACCAGCACGUCAGCAUCGCCACCCUCCCUGGCAUGUGGGAACGCACCCUGACCAUUGGCAGCGCUGGCAAGACCUUUAGCGCCACAGGCUGGAAGGUGGGCUGGGUCCUAGGCCCGGAGAGUCUGCUGAAGCACCUGCGCACCGUGCACCAGAACUCCAUCUUCCACUGUCCCACACAGGCCCAGGCUGCAGCAGCCCAGAGCUUUGAGCGGGAGCAACUGCACUUCGGCCAACCCAGCAGCUACUUUGUGCAGCUCCCACAGGCCAUACAGCGCUGCCGAGACCACAUGGUACAGAGCCUGAAGUCCGUAGGCCUGAGGCCCGUGAUCCCCCAGGGCAGCUACUUCCUCAUCACAGACAUCUCGGAAUUCAAGAGCAAGAUGCCCAACUUGCCUGGAGCUGCAGAUGAGCCUUACGACAGACGCUUUGUCAAGUGGAUGAUCAAGAACAAGGGCUUGAUGGCCAUCCCGGUCUCCAUCUUCUACAGCGUGCCACAUCAGAAGCUCUUUGACCACUAUAUCCGCUUCUGUUUCAUGAAGGAUGAAUCCACGCUCCAGGCCAUGGACAAGAAGCUACAGAAGUGGAAGGAUGAGCUCAGGCCCUGACAUCACCCCCUGGGCCCUGCAUUGCCUGCUCCCUGCACACUCUGCAGGGCUCUGUCUUUGUCCAGGUUUCAGCCAUUCCCAGGUUGGGGGUAGAUGGUACUGGAGGAUCUCUUCUCUGUAACACAGAAUAACCUCAGGGAAGAGCCCCCCGUUUUGGUCUUGGGACAGUCAGGAGCACUUCCCCAUGGCACAUAGCUGUGUUCCUGUUGCAGAGGUGAAGGAGGCCUGACCGGGGCCUCUCCCUGGUCCUCCCUGUGCUGGGCUAUAUGGCCUUGGGUCCCCUCUGGCCUCCCCAGACUCAGCUGGGACUCAGAGGGCAGAGUUCAAUAGUGUACUGACCUUGGGUCUCAGCACUGGCCUCAGCCUUGCACUGGCCCCAGCCUUGCAUUGGCCCCAGCCAGGCCUCAGGCAUCCCUCCCUUUCCUUAUCUAAGCUUGAUUUUGGAAAGUUGCCCUUAGGCUUGACUCUUCAAGCCAGUACUUUUGCCCAUAAUAAAGUUUUAAGUUAUUCAAA